GCGGAGCCAAUGAACGGGCCCCGUGGGGUCAGGCUGCCGGGGGUCACCGAGCAUCCGUGAGGGCCCUUGACCCUGUUCCGCGUCGUGGGGGAAGCGGCGGGUGUUAUCAGAUCAGGCAUUUAGCGCCGACAGCCCCCAGUCUCAGGGUCCUCCCGCUUCUCCUCGCCCCCGCGUCCAGGCUGGCCAAUCGGGAUGGACGCCAUGGAGAGGGCGGGGUUUGUCUUUAAAGGCGCUGCUGCCGGCGCUCAGAUCCGGAUGAUGGCGGCUGCUUGGCACGGGCUGUGGCUGCUGCUGCUCGCUGGGGCGCUGGGGCCAUGGGGUGCCGCCGCCGCGCUGCCCCCGGCCCAGCCGCCGCCGGACGUGGAGUUCACCUUUCUGCUACCGGCCGGGCGCAGGGAGUGCUUCUACCAGAGCGCGCCCGGCAACGGCACCAUGGAGGCAGAGUACCAGGUUAUUGGUGGUGCUGGUCUGGAUGUGGACUUUUCCCUGGAGAGCCCCUCAGGCGUGCUGCUCAUCAACGAGUACCGCAAGUCAGACGGGGUGCACACCAUCGAGCCCACAGAAGCUGGUGACUACAAGCUUUGCUUCGACAACUCCUUCAGUACCAUCUCGGAGAAGUUAGUGUUCUUCGAACUCCUUUUCGACAGUCCGCAGGAUGAGGAGGAUGCCGAGAGCUGGGCUGAAGCUGUGGAGCCUGAGGACAUGCUGGAUGUCAAGAUAGAGGAUAUCAAGGAAUCCAUUGAGACCAUGAAGAGCCGCCUGGAACGGAGCAUCCAGAUGCAGACACUGCUCCGGGCCUUUGAGGCCAGGGACCGCAACCUCCAGGAGAGCAACUUGGGUCGGGUCAACUUCUGGUCAGCUGUCAACCUGGGGGUGCUGGUGGUGGUGGCUUUCCUUCAGGUCUACAUGCUCAAGAGUCUCUUUGAGGACAAGCGGAAGGUGCGAACGUAGCUCUAGUUGGCAAGAAGGACUGCAUCCCUCCCAGGUGGGGGCUAAGGCCGGGGCAGAGCUGGGUGGUACCAAUGGCAGUGAAUCCUGGCCCUGAGCCCACUACCCAUUGAUGGACACGCAGGAUCCCUCUGGUGCGGCUACUUCGCUUUGUGUCUCCGUUCAUUCAAGGGAUUAAAUGGCUCUGCUUUUUACCAAA